GCAGAGGUGACGUGUGGACAGGUAGUCUCGGGGCGUGUCCUCUGAGCACGUACUGACCGGAGCUGCUUUUUGUCGACGUUAAAGAAAGAAGUCCUCGUCGAGAAGAGGAGAAGAGACGCUCCACAGACACAGACAUGGAUUUAAUUCGCUCGCUUUUGUCGCUGCUGUUGGUUUUCUGCUGGGUUUCUGUCUCUGAUGCGGCAGGUAAAGGACGAGGUUUUAUCGGGUAUGUGGACCCUGAAGACUCAAAAAAAGUUGUUGUGGACCAGGAAACGUCUGAAGCGCUGAAGAGUCAUCUCACCACGGUCUUCAUCCCCAUCAUCUACGUCAUCGUGCUCGUGGUGGGACUUCCCGCCAACGGCAUGGCCAUCUGGGUGUUCCUCUUCAGGACCAAGAAGAAGCACCCGUCCACCAUCUACAUGGCUAACUUAGCUCUGGCCGAUUUGCUUUUUGUCAUCUGGACGCCCAUGAAAAUAUCCUACCAUUUCAACGGCAACAACUGGAUCUUCGGAGAGCCGCUGUGCAAAGUCCUCGUCGGCUUCUUCUACGGAAACAUGUACUGCUCUGUUCUGUUCAUCACCUGCCUCAGCGUGCAGAGGUACUGGGUCGUGGCACAUCCUCUGUCCCAGCAGAGGAAGAACAACAAAGUGGCCAUCGGCGUCAGCGUGGCCAUCUGGGCGUUCAUCUGGCUCACCACCACGCCUCUCUACCUGUAUGACCAAACCGCCCAACUCAAAGAUCCCAACAUAACCACGUGCCACGACGUCAACGUCAUAAAGGACGCCCAAAACCCGUUCCCUUCCGUGCAGCUCCCCUACUUUUACUUCAUCUUCAUGGGUAUGGUUGUGUUCCUCGUCCCUUGCAUAGUGAUCGUCGUGGCCUAUGUUCUGUUACUCAGGGCUCUUGGGAACAGCAUGGAUGACAGUUCAGCAGCAAAGAACCGGCAGAGAGCCGUGGUGUUGAUUGUGACCGUCCUGGUGACGUUCCUCGUGUGUUUCAUCCCCAGUAACAUCAUGCUGAUCGUGCAUUACUCGCUCCUGAAGGACGGAGUGAUAAAUAACGGUUACAGCUUCUACCUUUCCACGUUAUGCUUGGCAAGCCUCAACAGCUGCCUGGACCCGUUUAUCUACUACUUUGUGUCGGAGGACUUCAGGAACCACGUGAAGAACACUCUGCUGUGCAGGAGCAGCAGGACUGUGGAGAGGAUGAGGGUUUCCUUCAGCUCCAUGAAAUACUCCAGGAAGAGCAAGUCGUACAUGUCGGAGAGCGGGAACACGCAGAGCAGCACCUGUUAACCAGACUCUGAUGAGAUCACAUCAUCGUGCCUGUCUGAGCUGAAAACACGAGGCGGUGUGAGGAUGGACGUCAGGCGCAACCAGGUAACCUCAACGCAGGAGAAAACCAAAGAUGAACUUUAAAAUGUGAAGAUGACUGUGCUGGAGUACAAUUUAAGAUGUAUAUGACUUCAUUAUGAACUGAUGUCUAGUGUUAAAAUGUGAAAACCUGAAUACAUGUUUUAAGUUUUUUAUAUAUAAAAGGUUUGUUUAUUGUUCAUUUAGGCCACACGGCUGCAGAAAAUGUUUUUUUUUUCCCCUCACAAUAUUUUGACUGACUAGUUGCACUGAAGGGCAUAAAACCUCUGUAAUAAAAGAACCAAAUCAAUCUGACGUGCGUAUAUUUAAAGUCUAAUGAAUAUAGCUUCAGUCAAAUCAGCGACAGAAGAGGAGUUCCUGUUUUUUUGUUUGUUUUCCUGCUGCAGCCGACAUGUUAUCUGUUGUAUCUAUUUUUACCGCCUGUGUUUAAGGUGACAACAAAGGUGGUAUUGUUACGUCGUCUCUUUUAAAUAAAUGCAUAAACAAGA